AUGCAGGUCACGGAAUACGGCUUUAUCAAUACUUGUCUGAAGUCACUGGUCAUUGAAAGGUUUGGAGAAGAAACAUGGGAGAAAUUGAGAUUAAUGGCCGGGGUCCAGGAGACGUUUAUGACCUAUGAAAUCUACGACGAUCUCAUCACUCUUCGUUUAGUGCAAGAGGCUUGUAAAAUGCUGGAUGUCUCCUCCGAGGUGGUUUUGAAGCUGUUUGGAGAAUACUUUUUCAGCUUUUGUAAGAUGUCGGGAUAUGACACUAUGCUGCGAACUCUCGGUGGAAACCUGCUGGAGUUCAUUGAAAAUCUUGAUGCUCUACACAGUUAUUUGGCAUUGUCUUAUGAGGCCAUGAAUGCUCCGUCCUUUCGCGUGGAGCGGAUGGAUGAUGGCCGAAUUCUUCUUCACUAUUACUCAGACAGGAAAGGACUUUAUCAUAUUGUGCCAGGUAUUAUUGAGGCUGUGGCGAAGGAUUUCUUUGACAGUGAGGUUACGAUGACCAUUCUGAACCAAUCAGAAGAAGAUGAGCGCACUGGAAAGAAGGAACAUGUGGUUUUCCACAUGGUACAGAAGGAAAAGGUGGCCAAAAGAAAGGCUCAGAUAGGCAGUGAAGAGGAAAUACAAACAGAGAAAGAGAACAAGGAGGAGACAAUCAAAAGGAUGAAGGCCAGGUAUGCCAACAUGCAGCUGUGUCCAAGGAAACGAUCUCCAUGGGAGAUUGUGAGGAGCAUUGUCAUGUUGGGCCAAGGCAAUCUGCGGCAAUCCUUCACACCCAGCUACCCAAAAAGACUGUGGAUUGACGAGCAAGCCUUCUGUAAUGCUUUUCCCUUUCACAUCGUUUUUGAUCAAAACCUGGUGGUGAAGCACACAGGUGUCAACAUUCAGAAGUUUGUUCCCGGACUGCAGACCUCAGGUAUCCGUCUGGAUGAAUACUUCACCAUUGUUCACCCAGAGGUCACCUGCAACAUCCAGAGCAUCAAAAAGUUCAUCAACAGCCAGUUUGUGCUGAAGACCAGGAGAGAAAUGUUACCAGAGAUCCAGCAAAACCAGGUCACGCUCAAACUGCGAGGACAGAUGAUGUGGAUGGAGUCCCUGAACUGCAUGAUCUAUCUAUGCUCUCCUAAGCUACGAAGCCUGCAAGAACUGGAGGAAAGGGGUCUUCACCUGGCAGACAUCGCCCAGCACGACACCACGCGAGAUCUGAUCCUGCUCAACCAGCAGAGGCUGGCAGAGAUCGAGCUCUCCAAUCAGCUAGAGAGGAAGAAGGAGGAGUUAAGAAUCCUCUCACGCCACUUAGAGAUCGAGAAGCAAAAAUCAGAGAAGCUCCUUUAUGCCAUGCUGCCGACACACGUUGCCAACCAGCUUAAAGAGGGCAAAAGAGUAGAGGCAGGUGAAUUCAAAGUGUGCACCAUCCUAUUCAGUGAUGUGGUCACCUUCACUAACAUCUGCGCAGCCUGCGAACCCAUUCAGAUAGUCAACAUGCUCAACGCAAUGUAUUCCAGAUUUGAUCGUCUUACAAACAUUCAUACUGUCUAUAAGGUAGAGACGAUAGGUGAUGCUUACAUGGUGGUUGGCGGUGUGCCCAUUCCUACAGAAACACAUGCGGAGCGGGUGGCAAACUUUGCCCUCGGUAUGAGAAUUGCUGCAAGGGAGGUGACUAGCCCUAUCACAGGACAGCCCAUACAGAUCCGAGUUGGCCUGCACACCGGUCCAGUUUUGGCUGGUGUUGUAGGUGAUAAGAUGCCACGGUACUGCUUGUUUGGAGACACUGUCAAUACAGCCUCUCGGAUGGAGAGCCACGGAGUCCCUGAUCACAUACACGUGAGCCCCAUCACAUACAGUGUGUUAAAGGACAAAGGAAUCUUUGAGAUCGCUGAGAGGGGUGAGAUCGAGGUGAAAGGCAAAGGGCUGAUGAGAACAUACUUCCUGCUGAAGAACCUCCAAAAGAGUGAUGAACAGAUCAUGGGUUUGGUCGACGGAGAGACGUGCGUGUACCAGGAAGACACAGAGGUCGUGACAGAUGACUCGAAGGAGGAAAGCCAUGAAGAUGCAAAUUAUGUGCAGAAAGAGGACAAAAAAAUGGAGGAAAAGGUUGAGAGUGAAAAAAGUCAUGCAUCAUCAUCUCUCCAGUCAGGAUCCAGUCAAAUCUCCCCUGAUCAUUUAAUUCAGUUCGAUGUCACACCAGCGUACGACAUCCCCACUGACUUUAAACAUCUACACAAUGGUCUUCAUUCAGACAGCAUUAAUACUAAGUUCUGCUCGAUACUUUAGUCCAAUAUCACCAAGUUUUAAGAAGAUUGAAUUUCAAGCCUGCCGUUCAGAGGGCCCAGCGCCACAAAUUAACAGCCGUAACCCAAAACAGGCAGUACCACAUGCUCUGUAGUGUAGUUUAUAAUGACUGUUUUUCACAACUCUUCAAGAAACAGCAGGGGAUUUCUGCUUUGUUGAUACAGAUUUAUCAUUUGGGAAAAGCAAGUCUUCAUGCUGAUUCCCAGUGCUCAUUUGCACCUGCUGGCUGCCCGCUGGUGAUGGCCGGCAGUAGAACCUCUCCGCUGAGAAAGCUAAUCUCCCUCUGGAGAAAUUAAUCACUUAUUAUAGACUGUUUUCAUGUGGAAAUCAGAUGGCAAACACAGAUGACCAGAGGUAGAUAAACAUACUGCUGCUGUACAGGGAUCUGCCGUCUGUUAGGUAACAUGGGAACUAAUUAUUCAAUGUCAUUCAACACCAUGUGAUCUCU